UCAUUUUGUUUUCUAAACAAAUGGAUUUCCAGAAACACUCUUUUUGUUUUGUUACAUUUCUUUUGAUCUUCUGCACUGGGAAUACUCUGAGCUCCAGAAAACUUACCCUUAGGAGACAAGAGCGUUUGGGGCCUCCCCUGGACAUACAUCUUGAAGCUUUGAAUUGUACCGCAUGCAGCGUACAAUGGAGGAUGCCAAGGCAGCACGCUGGUACCAUCAAUGGCUACACGGUUUUCUACACAGAAGUCAUUAAUGGCAAACAUGUGAAGCAGCUAACACAGGACGUUCCUGUAAAAUUGGAUAUGCUGAACUUGGGGCAUCUUGACGCUUUGGUGACUUUUGAAGUAGUCCUCGGUGAUUUAAGACCUGACACCCUUCACCGUGUUAGUGUCGGAGCAUAUAACUGGGCUGGAAAGGGGAGAGCAAGCAUGCCAAGGGAUGUCUCAACCUUAUCUCAAGAUAAGUGCGUGGCCCCGGACCCUCCUUUGCAGCCCCAGGUUGUGGUGGUAUCGGAUGAGGAAGUGGCAAUUUCCUGGAUGAAAGGAGCCAGUAAUGGCAGCUCCCCCGUGCGCUACUACAUUUUGGAAUAUAUCCGGCCUGAAGUCGACAAUGCAUGGGUUCAAAUAAAAGAGCAAGUGGAGUUGGACUCUAUGGUUCUGAAAGGUUUAACCCCAGACACCAAGUACCAGUUUGCAGUAAAGGCAGUGAAUUCGUUUGGGGAGAGCGUCCGAGGACCCGCGAGUGAAGUCAUCAGGACAUUCAGGACAGAGGAAUUAGGAUCCGGAAGUGAUGUUCACGGUUAUAUAACAGAUCCUAAGCCAAGUGAUGACGAUGGAUAUAAUAUCGACGACUCGGAUUAUGACAUUUAUAUUGAUGAAGUGAAGCCCCUUACUUCUGUGAAUGGUGGGAAUAAGCGGAUAGUUUCUGAAACAAAGGGAACGUCUGCAACCUUCACAAAGAUCAUCCCCUUACGGACUACCACAACUAUGUCUCCAGCCACGGCCACCGUUACCAGCAAGGCUUUGCCGCCCUCAACAACCACGAGAACGUCCACCACUACAACUAAAGCCAUCACCACUCGCACUCCCAGAAGAAACAGUAUGGCUUCUCCACCAAGGUUUUUCGAUCUGACUUGUGAGGAGACCAUUUGCCCCGCAGACAGCUUCUGUCUCAAUGAUUACGACCGGGGUGGCUCUCAGUGCCACUGUAGCCUUGGAAGAGGUGGAGAAACUUGUGAGGAUGAUAUCAAUGUGCAAUAUCCUCAGUUCUAUGGGCAUUCAUACAUGACCUUCGAACCAUUAAAGAACUCCUACCAGAUGUUUCAGAUUUCUGUAGAAUUCAGGGCUGAAGGAGAUGAUGGAUUACUUCUGUACUGCGGAGAGAAUGAAUACGGUCGCGGGGAUUUCAUGUCACUGGCAAUAAUACGUCGCAGUGUCCAGUUUCGGUUUAAUUGUGGCACCGGAGCUGCAGUAAUUACGAGCCACGGUAAAAUCAAACUGGGUCAUUGGCACACGGCUACCAUCUACAGGGAAGGGCUGACCGGGUGGCUCAGGCUCGAUAACAGUUCGGCUGUAUCAGGAAAAUCACAGGGUCAGUACAGUAAAAUCACCUUCCGAACCCCAUUCUACCUCGGCGGGGCUCCCAGCGCUUACUGGUUGGUAAAAUCAGCCGGAACUAACCGUGGCUUUAAAGGCUGCGUCCAGUCAUUGACUGUCAACGGAAGAAAUAUUGACAUGAGACCCUGGCCGCUCGGCAAGGCUUUGAGCGGAGCAGAUGUGGGUGACUGCAGCCUUGGGGUAUGUGACGAUAACCCCUGUGCCCAUGGCGGCUCGUGUAUACCGAAGACAGCGGAUUCUUACACGUGCCUUUGUCCAAUCGGAUUUCAGGGGAGACACUGUGAACGAGCGUUCACCUUGGCCGUACCUCAGUUCAGUGAAACUCAUCGAUCAUUUGCUGUAGCAAAGUGGCCGUUCGGAACGCAGCACUACCUUUCCUUCAUGGAGUUUGAUAUGACGUUCCGCCCGGACGCAGAGGAUGGAACCGUUAUGUAUAGUUACGACACGGAGAGCAAGGAUUUCAUCUCUAUUACUUUGGUGAAGAGCCACGUGGUUUUACGAUUUGACUGUGGCUCAGGAACAGCAGUGAUAAGGAGUGAAAACCCUGUAAGCCUUGGCCAGUGGCACGAGCUCCGCGUCUCUCGAACGGCUAAGAACGGAAUCCUACAAGUAGACGAUCAGAACCAAGUGGAAGGAAUGGCCGAGGGCGCGUUCACUCAGAUAAAGUGUAACUCCGAUAUUUACAUCGGGGGUGUUCCUAAUUAUGAUACCGUGAAGAAGAACUCUGGGGUCCUGAAACCUUUCACUGGAAGUAUCCAGAAGCUUAUUCUGAAUGACCACAUCAUCAACCUGGUCCAUGGACUGAGCUACGGGGUGAACCUGCAGAAUGCUGUCCAUCCCUGUGCCACGAUGCCCUGUGCCAACGGAGGGAGCUGCAGGCCCAAGCACGAUAACUAUGAAUGUGAUUGCCCUUUAGGCUUUGAUGGCAAGAACUGCCAAAAAGUCAUCACUGAAGCAAUCGAAAUUCCUCAGUUCAUCGGACGUAGUUAUCUUAUCUAUGAUAACCGGGAAAUUCUCAAAAGAGUAUCUGGAUCCCGAACAAACAUAUUCAUGAGAUUUAAGACAAAUGUGAAGGAUGGUCUGCUCAUGUGGAGAGGAGACAGUCCUAUGAAGGCAAACAGUGACUUCAUUUCUUUGGGUCUACAAGACGGAACCAUAGUGUUUAGCUAUAACUUGGGAAGUGGCAUGGUUUCCAUAAUAGUGAAUGGAUCCUUUAGUGACGGAAGGUGGCACAGAGUCAAAGCUGUUCGAGAUGGUCAGUCGGGGAAAGUGACGGUAGAUGACUAUGGUGCAAGAACAGGAAAAUCCCCUGGUCUGAUGCGCCAGCUGAACAUUAAUGGAGACCUUUAUAUUGGCGGAAUGAAGGAAAUCGCUCUACACACCAACAGGCAGUACAUGGGAGGCCUGAUCGGAUGCAUCUCCCACUUCACACUUUCCACAGACUUCCACGUCUCUUUGGUAGAAGACGCAACAGACGGCAAAAACAUUAACACGUGUGGGGCAAAGUAGACGAGACGGACUAUACAAGCGGAAUCGCGACACCUACCACUCGUCGAACUCUGGAAGAGUUCGCAAAUGCGUUUCAGCGAAGCAGAAAGCUGUCACCAAAAAUAUCUGUACCAGAUGCUUAUUUUUUUUUUUUUCUUUAUUAUUUUGUAGAAUAAUCCUAAAUAUUUUUUAAAAAUGUCUGUGCUUUAGAUGAAUUUGUAACUUGAGUGAGAAGAAUGUGCCUUUCUCAUAGAAAGAUCCCCAAAUCUGUAGCUCAUAGUUGUUUAUUACUU